CAGAGGGAGGACGGGGAGUGGGGUCAGCUCGAGCCUGGCGCUCCCCUCUACAUUCACGGACUGCGCAGAAGUGGCCAGCGGAUGAGCAUCAGCAGCGACAGCCACGACGUGGACUUCCACAACUUGGACCGCCACACCCUCGACCAGCUGCGCUGGGUCUACGAACACCACUGGGGAGACUUUGAUCCGGCGUGGAGCAAGCAACAGCUCAUCAAGGUCCUCAGCGGCAGCAGCACACAAUCGCAGUUCGAAAACCCCAUCGCCAACCAGCGCCGGAACCAGCAGGCGCGACUUACGGCCAUGCGCAGCUGA